AUGACCCCAAACAGCGCCGCCGGAGGCAACUGCUGCGACAAUAACCACUCGACCUGUGCCACAGCGUCCAACACUGCUCAUGUGGAGCCCCCAAGCGCAAGCAAUUGCGUAUCCGACUGUUGCAAGGAUGAUAACUAUGAGCGCGAGCUGCAACCCCCGGCGGAAGAAAAGGGUGGCUGCACCGACGGUUGCUGUGGAGACGAAGUCAGCGAUGAUGGCAGCACUUGUGCAAGUGAGCUGAACGAAAAGGAUGGCUGCUGUGAAGAUGGAGAACGAUGCGAUGAACAAUGCAUCAAAACCGCAGCCGCAGUCGAGUGCCAAAUUGCAUGCAAGGAAGAACUCGAGAAAGGAGAGGAGUGUGGUACAGAGACAAACACCGAUGCAGGCACCCUAACCUCCGAUCAAUUUGAACGUCAUCAUCCUCACGCCCACGAAGGUGGACAUCACCCUGAUGAAGCUUGCACUUCUCAUCUUCAAGCUGCGUUUGACAAAUAUGCCGCCUACCUGGAACAAGCUCGUUGCAUCUGUCGAAGUGUUCUCGGUGGCCAGUUGGAUCAAUGUUGUGGUUCAACUAAGCCUCUGCUUCCUCCAGAAUCCUGGAAAGCGACAUCGACCGCCACAAGUAGCAAAGCUCGUGGUUCUCUCAAGCACCGUGCCCAAGCCAAGAAGAUGGCCAAGCACGGCCAUCACGACCAUGGCCACGAUCAUCAUGACCAUCACGAUCACGGCCAUGACCACGGUCCUGCAGUCGCUACCGGCUGUUGCGGAGAUGAUGAGAAGAUCAAGGAUCUCACUAUGGUCAAGAGUCAAGAGUUGGGUGGUCACACGGAGAGAGACCUAGAGCGGGAUGGCUCAGCUGCGCACGUGCUGCUGAAUGUGGUCGGCAUGGAUUGCUCCGGCUGCGCAAACAAUGUCGCAAGAGCUUUGCGAAACAUCCCGAGCGCUCGAAAUAUACAGGUCGUUUUCGUGACUGGCAUCGCUGAGCUUGAUGUUGAUCUCGGCAUGAUCUCGGUUGAAGCUAUCGUCAGUCAGGUCGAGAAGGCAACACGCUACAAGAUCAUGCCCUUCUCCGCAGAUACGCAAACAUUGGAUGUCACCAUGGACAAGGCAACCGCCCGCAGUUUCGAGGGGAAUCUUCCCCAUGGGGUCGAGAGCUGUGAGAAGAACGGGAAAACAAAAUAUGCUGUGACUUACGAUCCUUGCAUGAUCGGUGCGAGACAAGUCCUUCGUGCAAGUGGAGGGGAGCUCGCUCCAUUGGAAGACGACUCGAAACUUGCGACUGGAAAGAAGAUAAUGAUCGAGAAGAGCUGCAAAGCGAUCCUAGCUUUGAUAUUGUCCCUUCCAGUCAUCAGCUUGGAGUGGGGAAAUCCUCCCGUCUCCCAGGAUGUCAAGCGAUGGGUGCCAUUUGCUCUGGCCACAGUCGUUCAAGUGAUCGCCAUUCCCGAGUUCUACACACCCGCCAUGUCCGCCUUGUGGUACAACCAUGUGGUUGAGAUGGAUAUGUUGGUGGUCAUCAGCAUCACAGCAGCUUACCUCUAUUCUGUUGUUGCCCUUGGAUUCGACAUUAGCGGACAUGAGCUCGAGGUCGACGCUUUCUUCGAAACCAGCUCACUGCUUAUCGCCCUUGUCUUAAUCGGACGCGCCGUUGCAUCGUGGGCUCGCAAGAGAGCCGUCGACACGGUAUCGAUGAAGUCACUGCAAGCAACAACAGCCAUGCUCGGAGACGGCUCCCAAGUCGAUGCUCGGCUUCUGCAUGUCGGUGAUGUAAUCAAGGUCAUGGCACAUUCGAAGGUCGUCACCGACGCUAUCGUCACUGAAGGCAAGAGCGAGGUUGACGAGUCCAUGUUGACCGGUGAGAGUCUUCCUGUUCUCAAGACUGUCGGUAGUUCUAUCAUUGCUGGCACCUUGAAUGGAACUGGUUCGAUCACAGCAAAGGUUUCUCGACUUCCGGGAAAGAACACGAUCAACGAUAUUGAGAAUUUGGUCGCGCAAGCUCAGAACGCUAAACCGAAGAUUCAAGACUUGGCAGACCGGAUCGCGAGCUGGUUCGUCUACGUCGUCGUGGUUGUUGCUUGCCUUGUGGUUGUCAUCUGGGCUGUUGUGGCUCGUCAGGUUCGUCAGGAGUCACCUGGUGGCGCUGCUGGUACGGCUCUCAGCCAUGCCAUUGCUGUUCUUGCCAUCUCUUGUCCUUGUGCACUCGGCCUCGCUGUUCCUAUGGUUCUGGUCAUUGCUGGAGGUCGAGCAGCUCAUGCCGGUAUCAUCAUCAAGUCCUCCGACGUUACCGAGCGUGGGCAUAAGGUCACUGAUGUUGUGUUCGACAAGACUGGUACCCUUACUCAAGGCGAUUUGGAAGUUGUGGAGGAAGUGGUUUUGAAACCUUUCGACGUUUCUCUUGUCAAAGCUAUGGUCACCAACAAUCAGCAUCCGGUCUCCCAAGCGGUUGCAUUGGCACUGGAGAAGCGGUCUACCACGGAGGUAGUCGUCGAGAAUCUCAAAUCUGUUCCUGGCGCCGGGAUCGAGGGCGUUUGGCAGGGACGGACGGUGCGUGUUGGUAACCCAACGUGGCUCGGUGUCAAGCAGGCUUCGGAAGUCGUCACUGCCUCCGCCAAAGGGCUCACAUUGCUUUGCGCUUCUGUGGACGGUGAUCUUGUGGGCAUAUAUGGUCUGAAGAGCACACUACGUCCAGAGGCAAGUCGUGUUAUUGAAGAGCUUCAGCGUCGCCAGAUCACGCUUCACAUCGUCAGUGGUGAUGGGCAGAAAGUGGUUGAGGAGGUUGCCAACAGCCUCAAAAUCCCUUUGUCGUGCAUCGCGGCCGAAAAGACGCCUGCACAGAAGCAAGACUAUGUGCGUACGCUGAUGGAUCAGGGCAAGAUCACCUUGUUCUGCGGUGAUGGCACGAAUGAUGCCAUUGCGGUUGCCCAAGCGAAUGUCGGGGUGCAGAUUGAGUCUUCCUCGGACCUGACCCGCGCCACGGCCGAUGUCAUUCUGCUCGGCAACCUCGAGGGUGUCGUGCAGCUUCUCGAUGUCUCGAAGGCUGCUUAUCGCCGCAUCGUCUUCAACUUCGUCUGGUCUGCCGUCUAUAACGUCUUUGCGAUUCUGCUCGCUUCCGGCGCAGCUGUCAGGUUCACCAUUCCUCCUCAGUUUGCAGGCUUGGGCGAGAUUGUGAGCGUGGCUCCAGUUAUCUUCGCUGCUUUGACCAUGCCAAAGAUUGCGAAGGCGUAG